UCACGACAUGACCGGGGUUUACUGGCACAGCUUUCAAUAAAGAGCCACCGAAUACGAGUGGAACUUAGAAUACGACUCCUUUCAAUCAGAUACUUGGAUGGCAAAGCUGGAGAGCACAGGAGGAAAAGAUGUUGGAGUCUUAUGUCACACCGCUCCUGAUGAGCUAUGUGAACAAGUACAUCAAGAACCUGAAGCCAUCUGACCUGCAGCUUUCUCUGUGGGGAGGGGAUGUGGUGCUCAGCAAGCUGGACCUGAAGCUGGACGUGUUGGAACAGGAGUUGAAGCUGCCCUUUACAUUCAUGAGUGGCCAUAUCCAUGAGCUGCGAAUCCAUGUGCCCUGGACUAAACUUGGCUCGGAGCCCGUUGUAAUCACCAUCAACACUAUGGAGUGCAUUCUCAAGUUAAGGGAUGGAGCCCAGGAUGACCAUGACAGCUGCUCCAGCUCCACCAGUCGCAGUGCUUCAGACAGUUUGAAGACUGUGGCCAAGCCCCGGCGCCUCCAGCAAGCAGCCCCCAGUGACCCAGAUCUGCCCCCAGGUUACGUGCAAAGUCUGAUCCGGCGUGUCAUAAACAAUGUAAACAUUGUGGUAAACAACCUGAUCCUGAAGUAUGUGGAAGAUGACAUUGUGCUUUCGGUCAACAUUACGUCGGCAGAAUGCUACACUGUGGACGAUAUGUGGGAGAGGGCCUUCAUGGACGUCACAGCUCCAGACCUGGUUCUAAGGAAAGUUAUAAACUUUGCAGACUGUACUGUUUGCUUGGACAAGCGGAAUGCUAGUGGCAAGAUCGAGCUUUACCAGGAUCCCUUAUUGUACAAAUGCUCCUUCAGAACACGCCUACAUUUUACCUACGACAAUAUCAAUGCCAAGAUCCCAUCUGUCAUCAAAAUCCACACCAUGUUGGAGAGCCUGAAGUUGUCCAUUACUGACCAACAACUACCCAUGUUUAUCCGAAUUUUGGAGCUGAUUAUUGCCCUCUACUACGGGGAAAUAGGAGCGCACAAAGAUGUUGAAGGUGAAGAGGCCAUUGUUAAUGCCAGAGAGGGCGGAGCAAGUUCACCUGGGAUGGAUGUUGACAUGGAAAGGCUGGGAUCCAGCCAGUACUCCGGUCAGGACCUUUACAUGCAGGCUGGAAGCUCAGAAGAUGGAGACCAGGGUUGGGUGUCCUGGGCUUGGUCCUUUAUCCCAGCCAUUGUGGGCGAGGAGGAGGAAGGAGAAGAAGGCCUGUAUCAGCAGGGAGAGAUGGGAGGCAGUCACAACCCCCAGCAGCACACAUCCAAAGACCCCAUUGUUUCCAUAGGGUUCUACUGCACUAAAGCUUCAGUCACCUUCAAGCUGACGGAGACGCAGUCAGAGAGCAGCUACUACAGUCCUCAGAAAGUCAAGUCCAAAGAGGUCCUUUGUGUGGAGCAAGAAGGAAUCACUAUUGAGGUGCUCAUGAUGGGGGAGCCCUUCUUUGAUUGCCAAAUUGGCUUUGUGGGCUGCCGGGCACUCUGCCUUAAAGGCAUCAUGGGAGUACGGGAUUUUGAGGAAAAUAUGAAUCGACGUGAGGAGGAUGCAGUGUUUUUCAGCUGUGGGGAUAACCUGGGUAGUAAAGGGAUGACGUACCUUACUAACUCUCUCUUUGACUACCGUAGUCCAGAGAACAACGGGGUCAGAGCUGAGUUCAUCUUGGAUGCUGCUAAUCACAAGGAGGCCUACACGGAGAUAACGGGCAUGCAGCGCUUCGGGGCUUUCUACAUGGAUUACCUCUACACAAUGGAGAACACCAGCACCAAAGGCAUUCAGGACUUCUCGGUGUUAAGUAUGGAGGAGGUGGUGCCUCUGGUUCAGGAGACGUCCAUCAAGAGGCUGGUGGUGGGACCUCUGCACAUCAGGCUGCACAGCAGCGCCGUCCACCGCAUCCUCAAGAUGAUCGCCUGUGCCAUGGACCAUGAAUAUGUACCCUACUGCAAACCCCAGCAAGAAAUCAUUGAGGAGAGAAAUGGUGCAGCUACUCCAGAGGAAAUAUCACGCCUGGAGGAAUUCAUCCCAACCAGACUCACUUGUCUCACUCUGCUCCAAGUCUCAGUCACUGUUUCCAUGGCAGAGUUCAACCUUCUUCAUACACUAAUGCCUGUCAUCAUGGGACAAAAGGCUGCAGCAGGACCUGCCUCUGUGCCAGUGUUUCAACCAAUGCGCCCGUUACCUUCCCUACAGUUUUUGGUAGAAAGGGUGAACGUUGAACACUCUGUGCCGAUGUACGCUCCAGAACUGGUCGCUGCUGUCAGCAGCAUUAGUCAGCCCCCUGACAGUCUGCUACAUCACUGUUAUGCACAUCUCUACCUCAAGGUGUUUGGGUUCCAGGCAGGUUUGACAUGCCAGGACAGUGAAGGGGACUUUCUGCCUCUCAUCCCUAUCAUUCCCUCCUUCAGUACUGCACUCUACGGAAAGCUGAUUCAGAUGCCUGGAUCCUGGAGCAAAAGGUCAUCAGUCCCCACCACAGAAUGCAUUUUUGAGCUGCCUCACUUCACUGUUCAGGCCACAAGAGCCCAGAUGCUUUUGCUCCAGGCAGUGUACCGGAGCUGGACUCAUAGCACGACGAGCGGAUCUCCAAUGGCCCUCAGUGAAAGUCUGCUCAAUGAGGUGUACAAAGUUCCAGGUGUGAAAUAUCCAGGCCCGUCACCAACUAUUGAAGGCUUGGUCCAGAAUGUGGAGUUGAAGUUCUGCAGCCGUGCAAUGGUGAAAUGUGCCUCGGGAACUGUGGGAGCUGUAAAAGUGUGCGCCAGGACCCCAGGAUCAGAAGAAGGGGCAAAAGAGAAACUGGUUCCUCUUAUCCAGGGCCCGUCUGACACCAAAGAACUUCAUAUGAGUCGCUGGCUUAAUGAGAUUCGCAAACCUGAGUCUUUGUUGGCCCCGGACCUGCUGGCAUUUUCGGUUCAAGUCCCCCAACAAGGAGACGACUGCAGGAACUCAGGUGCAGUCCUGCUGGUCAGUGUCCAGGGCGUAGCUGUCAAUGUGGACCCAAUCUUCUGCACAUGGUUGCUGUAUCAGCCUCACAGAGGGAGCAGCAGGAAGCAGCAACAGAAAGCAGGUUCAGUUUCGCUGGCCAAGAAGAAGGAGGAUGAGGUGUCGGUGGGGAGCACACCGCUGGCCAAGCAGCCCUCCAAUCAGGCCUCAGACUACGCCAGCAGUCCAGUGAAAACCAAGACAGUGACUGAAUCCCGUCCUCUGUCAAUCCCAAUGAAGGUGCUUCCCAAUGCCACAGGCGACGGGUCGUGGACGACAUCCGACGAGCAGAUGAAAGAACUCAUCACUCAUGCCUGGGAUGCUGUUAAGCGGCUUACAGUACAGUUGGAGCUGAAGUCAUGCUGCGUGUUCCUGCCUAAUGACAGCCUGCCCUCUCCGAGCACUAUCAUCUGUGGUGACAUACCUGGCACGGUGCGGAGCUGGUACCACAACCAGGCCUUCAUGCCUGGCACUCUGGUGGUCUGCCUGCCCCAGAUCAGUGUCCUCAGUGCUGGGCACAAAUACAUGGAGCCGCUGCAGGAGCUGCCCUUCGUUGUCUCCAAGCCCAUCUUGGAGGAAGGUGAUGCCUUCCCCUGGACUAUAAGCCUGAGUCAGUUCAGCAUCUACACGCUGUUGGGACAACAGAAAAGCCUGAGCCUGUUGGAGCCCAUGGGAUGUACGUCCACACUAGCUGUCACAUCUAAACUGCAGGGCAGUUCUGAAGCAAGGCAUUCCUUUGUAGUCUGCCUCCAUGUUGACCUGCAGCCAGUUCACGCCAAAUGCUCCAACCCUCAGGUCCAACUUUUGUAUGAGCUCCUUCUCAGCUGGAGUUCCACAUGGGCCCGUCUUCAGAAGCAUGGCAUUCUGCGUCAGCCUUCCAGUGUCCCAGACCCCCCUGCUGGUGCUGCUCCGUCCUCCCCGGUGCGCAGCAGCGCCGGCACCGCCCCGCCUGACACCAGCACCUGCAGCCCGUCUGCUGAUUUUGGCUCCCGCACUGAGGGUGACUCUGUGCCCGCUGGAGAUGACGGGCCGUUCGCCGACACUGUGACUCUGGAGCAGAAAACCAGCAGCAUUGAGGGAACCAGCGGGAAGGUCAGCCUUUGGAUGCAGUGGAUGUUGCCCAAGGUCACAGUUCAGCUGUUUGCUCCUGACACAACUGCCAAAAGGACAGAGGUCUGUGUCAUCGCUGAGCUGGAAGACCUGAGCGCCUCAGUCGAUGUCCAGGAUGUUUACACCAAAAUCAAAUGUAAAGUUGGCAGUUUCAACAUCGAUCACUACCGAUUCAGUCUGGAGGAGGGAACCCGGAGCUCGGGCAGCUGUGGAGUGGUCCUCUCUUGCACUGACAAGCUGAACAGACGUACUGUGUUGGUUCGACCCGUCAGCAAGCAAGACUCUUUCAGCCACUUUUCUGGCUUUUUCCCUCCUACGGCAGCUAAGGUCUUGGAGGGCUCCCAUCAGCAGCACGGCUUCCUGUCAAUCACCUACACUCAGGCCGUGACCAAAAACGUCCGUCACAAACUCACCACCCGGCCAGAACGACCGUCCCGCAGCAGCGCCACGACGGCCAGCCAGCGGAUGAGCGGCGACCUGCUGGCGGACGGCGCCCCUCAGUACCUGAGGGAGAUCCUGCUGACGGCGCAGCCCUUCGACGUGGUUCUGUCCUGUCCUCUCCUGGCCACGGUGGCAGGGGUGUUCCAGGCCACAGUGCCCAGACGCUACAGAGAGCGAGGGAAGUCAACAGGUCAGCCAAUGAGAAGCCACACGUUGACAUCCCGGUGCUUACCUCUUAUUUACAUCAACACCAGCGUGAUCAGGGUCUUCUGUCAUGGAGCACCAGACAAACAGUCAACCUCAGAUCCCACGGAGAAGAAAGAAGACACCCUUGUAUUAAAGCUGGGUUCCCUCAGCAUGGCUCCUCAGGCCGACAAUCCACUGACGCGGACCGUGCUGCGAAAAGAUAUCUACCAACGUGCGCUGAACCUUGGCAUCCUGCGUGACCCGGGCUCAGAGGUGGAGGAUCGUCAGUAUCAGGUCGACCUCCAGUCUAUCAACAUUGGAACUGCUCAAUGGGAGCAACUCAAGCCGGACAAGGAGGGACUGGCAGGAGGCACGUCAGCGGAGAGCGAGAGGAGCUCCCAGAAUCCAGCGCUGGAGUGGAACAUGGCCACCAGUAUCAGGAGGCAGCAGGAGCGCAGAGCCAUCCUGACACCAAUCUUGACUGACUUCUCCGUCCGCGUGACCGCUGCUCCUGCCAUCAUCUUCAGCAGGAGCCUUUCCCCCGACGGCGGCCCACCGGAGGAGGUGGUGGUGUGUGGCCACUCUCUGGAAGUGAACGUGACCAGCAGUCUGGACUUCUACCUCAGCAUCGCCCAGGUGCAGCUCCUGCAGCAGCUCCUCCGGGACAACAUGGUGGGCAUGGAGGCUCCAGACAAAAGCUCUGAGGUUCGCCGACAGGAGCAGAAAAGAGGUGGUCAGGAACCCGCAGCAGGCACGGACUCUUCGUCCCGUCACAGCGGCACUGGGCAUGACAGCGGCUUCGGCAGUGACAGCGCUCGCAUCCGCAUCGUCCAGAUAGAGCAGCAGAGCGGUGCCAGCCAUCACUGCAUCGCUCGGCCCUCUCGCAAGUCCACCAUCACUAAGAACCUCAGUUUCAUCCCGUUCGACAUCUUUCUGACUGCUAGUAAACUUUCUGUAAUGACCUAUGCGUGCUGCAGUCCCCCCAAGGCCCUCUCUACACUUCCUGAUUUACCUAGUACACCAGAGAGGAAGGAGCCUGGUGACAAGGUUGGGAAGAGUAUCCUCAAUCAUCCAGACAUCACACCCGAGUCUCCUUCAGCCUCAGUCUCUCCAGGUCCCGACCCUCCAGCGGCCCAGGGUUCACUAGCGGGCCUGACUGCUGAAGACAUCCUCAACAGCAACACCUCUCAGCCAGCUUCUCCUCUCCUGAAGGGAAGCCUGCUCUCCCUGGAAGGCCUACCCACUCCCACCCGCUCCUCGGCCCGCCAGGCGCUAGGCGUCACCAUCGUGAGGCAGCCCGGGAGGAGAGGGGCCGGGGACCAGGUUCUGGAGCCCAUCUUGUUCCUCCAGGUUAUUCAGCCUUCUUUCCUGCUCAGUUGUCACCAUCGUAAGCAGAGGACGGAGCUGUCCAUGUUUGAUGUGUCCUUGAGAGGAGUAGCUUCAGACUACAAGUGCCUAGACCCUGGAAAGACUCUGCCAGAAUCCCUCGACUACAACGUGCCCUGGCUACAGACGGUAGCGGGAGAGGUGGACAGUAAAAGCAGUAUCCCUCCUCCUCUGCUUUCUCUCCAGAUAAAAGAUUUCCUCAACGGACCAGCUGAGCUGAAUGUGGAGCUGUCGCGCCCCCUGAAGAUCAGCCCCACCGUGGCCAAACUGGAGCAGGCCAAAGUCUACCUGAAGAAGGUCCUGCCCACCCAAAAAGGGGAGACGUCAAGUAAACAGCCCUCUGCUUCCUCCACCCCUUAUUCAUCCCCCACAAAAAGCCCGUUCCGGGCCUUGGGCCCUCGCUGCGACCCGCACCACCAGGCCUCCUCCCUGGCUAAGGCCAGCAGCCUCAGGGCCAUGGCCUUGUCCUUCCACAAGGUCUCCCUCCACACCGCACAGAUUGUCGUCGUCAUGGAAACGGAGGCGCAUCCAAUGAUGCCCAACUUGACGGUGUCGGUGUCAGCCAUGGCAGGAAGUCUGCACAUGAAACCAGGGCUGAGGAUGGAAGAUACAGUUCAGGCUGCCUCCCUUCUUCUAAAGUUGAAGGAUGUGCUGCUGAAAACGGGACUAAAGGACCAGAGACAUGUGUUGCUGGGGCCGUUCUCCUGCAGCAGCUCCCUGGAAGCUCGCUGGUGUCGGCACAGCGGCAGCCCUGGACCGGAGCCCGGCCCCCCUAAACUGCUGCUGGACCUGAAGGGAGGCCUGCUGCAGAUUUUUUGGGGCCAGGAACAUCUGACCUGCCUGAAGCUGAUAGAGGAGCACCUUCGGGCCUACCUGCAUCUCCACAGAGAGGACUCGGCUGAGGCCUGUCCUAAGGGCAAGACCGGCCAGACUCAGCUUCCUCCCAGCGCCGGCUCCCCGUCCCCUCGGACGGAGCACAGCUCAGACGACCUGCGGACGGGAUACUUUCAGUACAUCCAAGACGCAGGUUCCCAGAGACUGCCGGGGCCACAUGAGGUGGUGUUUUACAGCGAGACAGAAGAAAGCUCCGGGAUGAUGCUCUGGAGAUACCCUGAACCCCGCGUCCUCACCUUUGUCAGAAUAACGCCUGUCCCUUUCAACACCACCGAAGACCCUGAGAUCAGUACUGCUGAUCUGGGAGACGUCCUGCAGGUACCAUGUAGUCUUGAGUACUGGGAUGAGCUCCAGCAGGCCUUCGUCCCGUACCGGGACUUCAGCCUGUCAGAGAGCAGCUCCUGCCAGCUGCAGCUGCCCAGCCUCAGCCUCACCGACCAGCAGAAGGACCUGGUGGCCUCAGACCUCUGGAGGAUCGUACUCAACAACAACGGAGAAGGAGGAGAUGAGCAGAGCUCGGACAGCGAGUGUGGCUCCCAGCUCCACUGCGACCAGCUGGUUUCCCCCACGGCGCUGGCGGCGUGCGCCCGAGUGGACUCCUGCUUCGCACCCUGGUUUGUCCCCUUGCUGGGCGUGUCCAUCCAACUGGCCCAGCUGGACGUUCAUCUCUGCCACCACCUUGAGCAGCUGGGUGCAGCUCCCUCAAGAAAACUUCACCCCUUCGUGCCAGACAGGAAGUUACCUCUGGAGCAGGAGUUCCUAGUGGUUGGAGCUCGGGGGCCCCAGGUCUUCCUACGUCAGUGGAACAAUGGGCCCCGUCACUGUCAGGAGAUAAGCUGCUCCACCCAGCUAGACUGCAAACUGCUGGAGUACCAAAACCUGACACACCUCCAGCUUCUCCAGUCCUGUGUGUUGCAGGGCCAGGCUGCUGUCACCUCCUGCCCCAAGAGCACUUCGUUGGAUGUCAAUGUGUUUGUGGAUCCAGUGUUUCUCAACGUCAGCCAGUAUACCAUCCACACGCUGGACACUGCCCUGCUCAGCUGGCAGCAGAACGGACGCCCAGAGGCGGAGGAGCUGCUCUACAGCCACUACAUAAUCUGCAAUGACACACACGAGACGAUGCGCUUCGGCCAGGUCGACACGGAUGAAAAUGUGCUGCUGGCCAGUCUCCACAGCCACCAGUACAGCUGGAGGUCCCACAAGUCUGCUCAGUUGCUGCACAUCUGCAUCGAGGGCUGGGGGAACUGGCGCUGGUCAGAGCCGUUCAGUGUGGACAACGUGGGGACGCUGCUGAGAACCAUCCACUACAAGGGACGAACCGCCUCGCUCAUCAUCAAGGUGGUGCAGCUCAGCGGGGUGCAGAAGCAGGUGAUAAUCUGUGGCCGGCAGGUGAUGUGCAGCUACCUGGUUCAGGAUAUUGAGCUCCGAGUGGUGCAGCACUACGUGGGUCCUGACGGUCAGACGGUGGUCAGGGAACACUGCGACUGCCUGCAGGCGGGAGGCAAGAUGCCGUCCUACGUGCUGGAGGAUGCUGAGAUGACAGAGCUGUCUGUGAAGGCCAAAGGGGAUGAAGACUGGUCCCAAGAUGUCCAGCUGCAGAGCAGCAGCAAGGACAGCAGCAGCUCGGUGGUGCAGGUGGCCUGCUCCAGCGGUUCUUUGCUUUAUGUCUGGUGUACCGUCAUCACUAUCGAACCGGACUCUCACAUGCAGCAGAGAGCGGUGGUUUUCAGCCCGCUGUUUGUCAUGAGGAGCCACCUGGCAGAUCCACUCAUUGUCCACAUAGAGAAAAGGAGUCUGGGAAUAAAGGAGAGCCAGCUCAUACAUGGACAGGGCCACCAGGAGCCCCUGCUAAACACUGAGGCUGAUCUCACACACCACCUCACUUUCCAGGCCAGGGAGGAUGAAGACGCCUCACACUGCGCCGUACCCAUCUCCACCAGUCUCAUCAAGCAGAUUAUGAAUAAGACUGGAAUUGACAACAACCCACAAUGCAUCUUGGCAGAUUUCUACGGUCCCAAGGUGACCACCGAGUCCUCGUGGCCGUACGUCACCAAAGAUGCUGACAGGUCGGUGCUGGAGCCCGUAGCCCAGUGGGACAGCCCCAUGCAGGUCAAGCUGUCCCACUGGAAGUCUGGCCUGAACACGCUGCUGGUGGAGCUGCUGCCCUGGGCCCUGCUGGUCAACCACUCCCACUGGGACCUCUGGCUCUUCGAGGGGGAGACCAUAGUCCUGCAGAUACCAGCCGGGAAGGUCAUUGUACCACCAAACUUCAAGGAGGCCUUCCAGAUCGGUAUCUACUGGGCUCAGACCAACACCGUUCACAAGUCCACGGCCCUGAAACUAGUUCACGACCUGACGUCUCCGCGCUGGAAGGAAGGAUCCAGCUCAGUGGUGGUCACUCUGGACGAGGAGGGAUUCGUGGAGGUUGACAUCACCUUGGGAGCCUUCCCUGGAAAACAGAAGCUGUGUCAGUUCUGUGUGUCGUCUGUGGUGAGACACGGCAUCCAGAUCCUGCAGAUCGAGGACAGGACCGUACUUGUCAACAACACCCCCCACACCAUCCACUACAGGCCUCUGCUGGCGGACUGUGCUCUCGCCGAGGAUGACCAAGCCUGUGAGCUACGGGAGAGCACCGUGUUCAGCCUCCCCCCCUCUGUGGACUCAUCUCCGGCCAAGCUGUGCUCCGUGCCGUGCUGGGACCUGGUCCAGAGCAGCGUCCCAGGGAAGGUGGAGUUCCCUCUGCCCCUGAGACACAUGCUCUUCAGCUUACUGCCCCGGCCCGAUCCCGCAGGGGGAACGGCGGCCUGGGGCCUCCCCGCUCCCAUCCGAGCAGACUUCCCCAGGCAGAGCCUGUCCGUCCCCGGGGAGCAGGACUCGGGGCUCGGCCUCUGCAGCAGAGCAAUAGUGCUGACGUAUCAGGAACACCUGGGAGUGACGUACAUCACCCUGAACGAGGACCCCUGUCCCCGCAUGCUCAUCCACAACAAGUGUCCUGUCCCACUUCUCUUUAAGGAAAAUGUCAAAGAAACCCCAAGGACUAAGAUUUACUGUCGUCCUCUGCCUCCCAACUGCUCCGUGCACCAUGAACUCUAUCAUCACUUUUCCACUUUCCCUGAGUGCAAGAAAGAGGUUCUGCCCACCGUGCUGCUGAAAUGCAGCUCAGAGCACGGCCCCGGCGACUGGACGGACCCCGUGGACAUCAACUGCCCCGGCCCUCAGGUGGUGUUCCUGCCGGGUUUUGGCUGUCUCUACGUGGAUGUGGUGUAUGAGAGAGGAACCCUGACUCUGUCUCUGGCACCAGAGGGCAGCAUGGACACGGUGAUCAACCAGCACAGCAGGUCAUCCAAGCUGUCCUUUAGAGUCCUGCUGAGCGAGGUCAGUGUGGCCGUAAGUGACGACAUCACCAGUCCUAACGGGUCCGUGGAGCUGCUGCGGCUCACGCUGACCAAGCUGCUCGUCAGCUCGGCUCCUGCCGCCGAGCUGCCAGCCGACUUCAGCGCGUCCGCCUCAUCCGGGAUCGAGCUCUUCUGCUCGGGUCUGCAAGUGGACAACCAGUUAUACAACCGAGCAAGUUUCCACUUCCCCGUGCUGCUGUGCCAAGAUCAGAGAGGUGUAGUUGAACCCGGUGGUCCGUGGAGCAGUGACGCCAAUCCCACAGAGUCCCCCGAGGCCCUGGAAGAGUUCAAGCACUCCUGCUUUCUGCAGCUGAAGAUGACGCUGGCCGGGGACAGAUGCACCGUGGAGGAGAUCAGCUUCCAGCUCCAGCCGGCCAGAGUCUACCUUGAGGACACGUUUGUUUACUACAUUAAGACUCUGUUCCACACCUACAUCCCUGAGAGAGCUGUGAGCCGAGGCUCCGACGCCGCCUCACUCCUCCCGGAACAGGUGCUGCAGUCGGUGCAGGCGCUGGUCCACCCUGUGCAGCUGCAGCGGCUCACCAUCCAGCCCGUCAACCUGCUGGUCAGCAUCCACGCCUCCCUGAAGCUGUACAUCGCCUCGGACCACACUCCCCUGUCCUUCUCCGUGUUCGAGCGGGGGCCGCUGUGCACCACGGCCCGGCAGCUGGUGCACGCCCUGGCCAUGCACUACGCUGCCGGAGCCCUCUUCAGAGCCGGCUGGGUGGUGGGAUCCCUGGAGAUCCUGGGCAGUCCCGCCAGCCUGGUGCGCAGCAUCGGCAACGGCGUCUCCGACUUCUUCCGCCUCCCGUACGAGGGUCUGACCCGCGGCCCCGGAGCCUUCGUCAGCGGCGUUUCCAGAGGAACCACUUCUUUUGUCAAGCACAUCUCAAAAGGCACGCUGACGUCCAUCACCAACCUCGCCACAAGUCUGGCGAGGAACAUGGACCGCCUGUCUCUGGACGAGGAGCACUACACCCGGCAGGAGGAGUGGAGGCGGCAGCUGCCAGAGAGCCUGGGUGAAGGCCUGAGACAGGGACUGUCACGGCUCGGCAUCAGCUUGUUAGGAGCCAUAGCCGGCAUCGUGGACCAGCCCAUGCAGAACUUCCAGCGGACCUGGGAGAUGCAGAGCUCAGCCGGGAGCAAAGCCAAGGGCGUCAUCUCCGGAGUGGGCAAAGGCCUGGUCGGCGUGUUCACCAAGCCCAUCGGGGGGGCGGCUGAGCUGGUGUCCCAGACCGGUUACGGGAUCCUCCACGGCGCCGGCCUGUGGCAGCUUCCCAAGCAGCUCUACCUGCCGACAGAAGAGAAGUCGACUCGCGCCUCCAACAGUCACCUGAAAUACGUCUGGAAGAUGCUGCAGUCUCUGGGCCGGCCGCAGCUGCACAUGGCCCUGGAGGUGACCAUCGUGAGCGGCUCGGGCCAGGAGCACGCUGGCUGCCUCCUGCUCACCUCCGAGGUGCUGUUCGUGGUCAGCCUGAGCGAGGACACGCAGCAGCAGGCCUUCCCCAUCACAGAGGUGGAGUGUCAGCAGGAGCAGGGGCAGCAGGGCCGGCUGAAGCUCACGCUGCAGCAGCAGACGGUCACCAGCGACACGGAGGGUGACGGUGUGCGUGAGCGGCUGUCGGAGCAGCAGUACCAGCGGUUGUUGGACUACGUGCUGCGGGUGUCCCAGUUCCUCUCUCCGUCUCCGGCCUCGCUGCAGCAGCAGCCCCCGGUGACGCUGGCGGAGCCGCCGCCCUGCGUCACCAAGAGCUACCGCUACCUGGUGGACCCCGUGUUCGCCGAGGUGUUUGUGAGCAAGUUCACCACGGUGAAGAACAAAGCCUUACGCAUCGGCUUUCACUGAGACUGACUCCAACAACAGGAUCAAACCGUUCUGUUCCACAUUGAAACAUUGAGCCUUCAAAAAAAAGGAUCUUACACCCUGUGCUUUGUCUCUUAAAGUUUAACUUCCCAUUGAUGCAAAACAUACUUGUUGAUGUUAACAUGACGUUCUGAUACCGGUCACUCUUGCCUUAGGAAUGUAGAUAAUUCUUAGUAAAUAUAUUUUCUGAUACGAGUCGUAACCAUGGAUGGGUGUAGAAACACUUUUAUUCAUUUCAGUGAGUGUGUAGGACAGAGAACACUAAAGGGACGAGCGUCCUCAGCGUCACAGAUGUUCGGGUCGGAGCAGUCUGGACUUGUGCCCUCUGUGUUUACCGUUUCCAUGCCAACGUAAAGUGCAAUAUUAUACAUCUGCUGAAGGAUGCUAGAUACCAGCUGUCGACCAAAAGGUUUUAGAUGAUGUAACACUGUUCUGUGGACUUGUGUUGAUGCCAAACCGUUAAGAUGCAAACGUGUCAUUGUUGCCUUUUUAUAUUAUUGUGGUACCACUGAGCUCUCUACGACGUCUGAGUCCAACGCCUUUAUAAAUCUAUAAUAUAUGCAUAGAGAACCGUCUUAUUAAAAAAGUCA